AUGACAGCGAAAACGAAUUCUGAUAGUGAAGGAGACACAAGUCGACCGACUGACUAUCAUCAUGAACUGGAAGCUAUAGGGAGGUUUGCCAUAGAAAGGAAGUAUGAUGCAUUUUUUAUCAAAUGUUUGGGAUGGUCUGUUAACCAGUACAUGGAAUCGCCAUUAUAUGAAUUCGAAUCGCAAUACGUUACUUCUUAUAUUCCGAGGGGUCUAGAAGUUAUUCAUGAGGAUGAAUCUGCUCAUGGUAACUUAAAACUGAGUGGGGUGAUCGUUGAUCUAACACAGCCGCAAAAUUCAUCCGAUAGUCUUGUGCCAGAGCUGGUUGGUCUUAUCAAAUGGCGAGAAGAGUGGGCACUCUCAUUUGACUUAAGUGCGGAUAUGUGGUCAGUGGGUGAGAUAGCACUUCGCCUGCUGACCGCGAAGAGACCAUUCGACGAUUUGAAUACUCUCAAAAGCUAUGUGGAUGGGACGAAGACAUUUCCCACCAAGACAUUUCACGAGUUUGGUGUCGCCGCCGAUGCCGGUCGUUUUAAAUGCGGCUGUUGGUUGCAAAUCCCGAACACCAAUUGGUCGAGCACUAACAAGUUGAGAUCUGAGGAGCCACGAGAAACCGUUACACAAUAUGUCUCAAGAUUAGCAUCAGUAAGACGCAACAACAGUAACAAAGGGGCAAUGGUCCAUAGUACACUGGGAGCAGUCACACAAAACUUGCCGGACCAAGUUGACAAAGGAACCAGUUGCAUAUAG